CAUCAAAGUGCAAUAAAAGUUACAUUGUAGUAUUUAGCAUAUUGAAAUAUGAAUUUUCCACCAAAACCUCUAUAUGCUGCUUUUGCAAAACCUUUUAGCUCACUGUUACAUUUUCUACAGAUGGAGGGGAAAGUCAAAUUCUUAGAACCAGAAGAUGCUGAUGCUGAACUGAGAAACCUCCAGCAACGAGAUAGAGAGAAUCAGGAAGGAGAGACUCUAAUGACCUUACUGAGAUCUGAUAUGGACAUUUGUAGUAAUGAAAGGAAAAAGUUGCAAGAGUCUUAUCAGCAUGCUUUGAAAUUGCUUCUGAAAAUGGUGAAGGCUACAAAAGAUACUGAAGACCUCAUCUACAAGAAGAUUGGUCUUUGUUUUGAUGAGAGCCUAGCAUCUGGAGAUUCAGGAGAGAGUCGGAGUAUAAUUGGAGAAAUAGUACUUGCACAAAAUCGUAAAACUGUGGAGAAAUGGGGCAUAGAGAAAAGCAGUAGAGAACACAGCUUUGAUUCUUCGUUGCCUGAUGAAGUUUCUGAACUGAGUGAGCAUUUAUGUGAAAGUAUUUUUGAAAACCCAAACCUGGUGUUUGAAAAUGAAGAGAGGAUUCAUAAAAUUUGUCAUUGUUUGCACAUUGCUGUGGAAAAGCUUCUAGAGCUGGUUGCUGAAUCAACUAAACAGCUGGAGGAAGCUCAUAAAACUCAUAUUCACUAUGAAGAGGAAUUAAAGCGUAGGAACUGGGAAGCAUGUCAGGUGGUUCACGAACGCCACAAGCUAAUGGACUGCCUUAAUGAAGAAAGUGAGGAAAAGAAUAAUCUGGUACUGGAACUUCACAAAGCAAGAGGCCUCAUUGAAGGCUAUUUAACAGAAAGACAUGCCUUGGAAGAAGCCUUGAAACUGAAAGAGGAGUCUGAAUGCCAUCUUGUUGCAGACUUGGAGAACUUGAAAGCAAAGCUUCAAGAGUUAACUCAGGAACAUGCAAGAUCUCUUGAGGAGCAGAAGCUGCUAAUAAAUCAAAAGAAAGCAUUGGCUGCCAAUGUAGGGGAGAGAGAAGAUGUUUUACUCAAGGAAAUCGAACAUCUAGCAAAAGCAAAGUUAGAACUGCAAUGUCAAGUAGAAAAGGACUGUUCCACCUUGAAUUCUCAAAUGAAAAUCUUGGAGAUGGAACUUGAAGAACAACUAAACAAAAACCAGAAGAUAACAGCCAUGUCAUUAGAGGUUACUGACCUGAGGCAACAAAUUCAAGCCCUUGAAAGACAACUUAAAAACCAGCGAGAUUUCAUGGAUAAACAAGCUGUGGAACGGGAACAUGAACGUGAUGAAUUUCAGGAAGAAAUUCAUAAACUUGAAAUGCAGUUAAACGUGACAAGAAAAUCCCAGACUUCUGAGCAGUCCAGAGUCUAUGAGGUAGAGACUCUCCACAAUGAAAUCAAAGAGAAAACAGAGGAUUAUAAUAUGCUUUUCUUAGAUAAAGAGCAGUUACAGAAAAACCUUGCUGUUCAAAAAGAAGAAAUAGAGAAGCUGGAAUCACGAGUCAGAGAACUGGAGUUUAUGAACAGGGAAGAGGCAAAGAAUGUAAAUAAACUCACGCAAGAGCUGCAAAAAAUGAAAAAAAGGGAAGCGGAACUAAAACAAGAUAAAGAAGCAUUACAGCAGCAACAGUAUGAUAAUUUAAUUCAGAUUUCUACACUGCAAUCCAAAUUAGAUGAAAUCAGGCACAAAGUGACUAGGGAAGACAGCUUGGAUCAUAUACUAAUGGAACAAUUGAAAACACAAGAGGAACUUUUAUCAAAAAAUAGAAAUGUACUGGAAAUUGAAGACUUGAAGUCUGUUAUAGAGCAUCUUCAUGAUGACAAGGAACAAUUGCUAAAGGAUAAAACAGAAGAAAUAGAGCAGUUGUACAAAGUAAUUGAGAAGCUUCAAAAUGAAUUGACUCUUCAUGAAAUUAGUGAUAGCCGAGACAGUCUUAAUAAUGUUGCUCUAGUAGAGCAGGAGGAGAACCUUCAUAAUAAAUUGAAGAAAGAAUUACCACAUCAUCUGGAGAGCAGAGAUGAGGGUGACAGCUGUCUGUUACUUAAUUCCAGCCAGGAACAGAUUCUGGGACAACUAGAAGGUCUUUUGGCAGACAGAGAAACAUGGCAACAGCUGCUUGAAGAAAAAGAAUGUCAGUUUAAAGCAGAAAUAAAAAACCUAGAACAAAAUGUUCAAGAGUCCUCCAGACAGCACUUCACUGAGCUAGCCGCUUUACAGCUACAGUAUAAAGAAUUACAGGAAGAACAUAAGAUCCUGAACAUGUGCUUAACUCAAAAAGAAAGUGACAUGACUAUGACUGCUUCUUGCAUUCAGGAACUUAAAGAUAAGCUGCGAGACAGCGAAAUAAAGCUUACAGAGACAGAAAAACAGUUCCAAGCAGUGUCAGAGCAGAAAAUAGAGCUGCUAGUUGAAGUAGAGAACAUACAAGGAAAGGUGGUGGUGCUUGAAAAUGAACAACAUGUCUUGGCGCAAACACUGCAUGACAAAGAGGCCACUUAUCAGAGGGAGAUUAGUGAACUUCAGAGUGCUGCUGCAGAACUCAAAUCUCAGAUUGAAAAAAUGACAGAAGAACUGGAAACAGUGAGAUCUGAGAAAGAUUUUUUUCACUCACAGUUGGAAUCCUACAGGGAAAAGGGUCGAGAAAAUGAUAAUAAGGAACUUAAACUUUGUGAGUUGGUGCCAGAACCCAUUCCCUACAUCUCUUCUGAAGAAAUAAAGGAAGGGGGAGAAGAGAAAGAACCAAAUAACAAGCCCUCAGGGUCAGUGGAAUUUUCUUACAGAGAUGAAAUGGAAAAAUGUAUUACUGUGACUAAUCUGAAGUCUUCCAGUAAAAAUCUUAAUAUGCAGGAUACACAUCUUCAAGGAAUGGUUCUGGUUCAUGGAGCAGAAAUAACAAAUACUGUUAAAGAACAUCAAGAUCCACAACCAUUUUUUCAACAAGUGUUGCAACUUAAUCAUGUUUUUCAAAGCACACAAUUCAGUCAAAAGAUAUCAGAAAACUUUGAAAGCAGGGUCAUAGAUAAGACUUCAUGGGACUCGCCUGAGAUAAUGCGAAAACAGAAUAACAGCAUGGAACUCCAAAUAAGUCUUCCUUUAACACCCUUUUCAGAAGUUGAUAGUAUGCACAGCAGAAGCUCUGCAAGCCUGGGCUCAGAUUCCUCAGUCCUACAGGGAGACAUCACAGGGUUGCUGGAGUGCCCGAUUGAAGAAACAGCAGCAUAUCUCCUUCAGUCUCAACAUUCCAGUCUCCACAUUGCAGCCUUGGCAUUCCCAGAAGCAACUGAGUACAGUAGUGCGCAAGAAAAUAUUUCAGUUAGAGAUGCUGAAGGCUUCACUCUGUCACAAUCCAAACUGCAAGAUGAUCUAAAAUCAACGAUGUCCAGACGUGAGGGUGCAAGCACUGAGUAUGGCAGCAAUACUAGUUCAGAUUUAGUUCUUCAGAUUAAUCAGGAAGAUCCAGAAACUAUUUUACACCAAGAUAGCAAGAUCAUGUCUUAUCUGCAGUGCUUUGGAAUUGUUCCAGAUAUCACGGAACCAGCAAGAAAAGAAAGAGAAGUGUUUUCACAACAGUUGAAGAAUGUGUUGAAGAUGGUAUCUGAAGAGAGCUACAAAAUACUGGUUUUGUCAGAAAAAUCUCUGCCUCAUAAUGAUCAAAAAAAUGUACAGAAAUCUCCAUCAAAGGAGGGGUGGCAAAAAGAGAGACUAGCCUUGCUUGAUACAGUUCAGUCACUGAAGGAUUACCUCAGCAAAGUACCAGAUAAAGAAGACAAGGAAAAUACACCUGCUUUUUUUGACUGGAGAGGAGACCUACUUCAAGCGGUCCAGUGUGUAUUGGAAAAGGAGCGAAACAUGUUACAAAGCUACUUACAGACACAUUUUUGCAAUACUGGAUCUGGAGACGAGGGAUCAUUAAUAGAAAAGCUGGAACAUAUAGUGGAACAACAAGAACAACAGCAAAAGCUAGUUCUGGAGCAUCUUCUUUCUUCAGAUAGAAACAGCUUGCUUACUGAAAUACAGGACCUUGAAGCAGAGUUGCGACUGAUGCAUCUUCAAAGCCAGGAGAGACUGCAACAACUCCAAGAAACACUUAUAAAUACAGAGAAUCAUCAGAGUAAACAAGAACAUCAACUUCGAAGGCAGGUUGAAUUACUAGAAUAUAAACUUCAGCAAGAGAAAUCCAUUGCAAGUGACUUGCAGGCUUCUCUAAAAAGUGAACAAGAGAAAGCCUCUGAGAUGCAUGAACUACUGAAACAGGAACACAGCGCAAUAUCGAACUUGAAAUCAGAUCUCUGUGAAAGCAAGCAAACAAAUGAGAGGCUCCAAAAAUCCCUACAGGACCUCCAGAAAGACAUAGUUAAGUACAGUUCUGCACUGGAAAAUAAGGAGAAAGAUAUGACAGCUGUUCUUCAAGACUUCCAGAAUGAGCAAGUUAAAGAAAAAGAACUGCAGCACAUGUUAGAUGAACAACAACAUCAGCACAAGUUAAAAGAGGAAGAGAAGUCAAAAGCAAUAGAGGAGUUGCAAGCUGCCUUGGAACUACAGUGCAUUCAAAACAACCAACUGUCUGUGGCUUUAGAGCAUGAACAGUCAGCAAACAGUAAUCUCCGUAAAGAACUUGAGAUUGAACAUUCUCGCUGUGAAGCUUUAUUGUCCCAAUAUAAAAAUAAACUCUUGGAACUGCAGAAAAGUGAAGAUGUUGAGAAGAAUCGCAGUUUAGAACUUUUAAGUGCUUUAAAACACGAACGUAUUUUGACAGAACAGCUGAGCAUGAGAAUAAAUGAAUGCGGCUCUUGUAAGCAUAACGAUUCAUUGCAGGAACUGAAAGCUCAGUUGCACAAAGAGAGGUCCCAUGCUAGGAAUCUUCUAGCCAUAAUUGAGAAGAUGCAGCAGCAAGUACUUGAUUCAAAGAAGCCAGUGGGUGAAAUGCAGAUGCCCUCUGAACAACCUCCGAAAGAACAAGAGCUCCACACCACUUUACAGGCCGCACAGGCUGCUCUGCAAAGUCAAAGAGAGGACGUUAUCCAUGCCUUGAAGAUACAGACAGAGAAAGAUAUACAAAUGAGAAAGAAAUGGGAUCAAUUGCAAUCCAUUCUCAGAUUACUGAGGGAGCAGGAAAGAGGGACAGAACAAAGAAGAAGAGAAAUAAAGCAGGAACAACAAACAGAAUUUGGCAAACUGCAGGAACUACAGGAAGCUGGAGAAAGUCUGCAUGAGUUGGAAUUGCAACGUUGGCAGAACACUGGAAGAAUAAAGGAUUUGCAACAGAUUCUAGAACACUUGGAAAAACAGGAAAGAUACCUUAAUUGUCGUAAAAAUCAAGAUGAACUUCCUCCAUGUCCUUCAAAAAAUCAUUACACCAACUUUACAACAGAUAAAGUAAUGCUCCAUGUGGAGCAGCAGAAAUUAGAAAACAUCAGAGAACAGUUGCUCAUUGCUGCAGGUUAUCUUUCUGAGUUCAUAUAUAAAACUACAAAGCGAACAGUUAACUGGCCUCCUUCAAAUGAUGAAGCAGUUGCAGCCUUGUUGCAUAUAGUUGAGGAACUUAAAGCAGAGUUACUGGCUUCCUCCAAAUCUCCGAUCAAACCUACAUGUGUUAUUAACUCAAUGCAAGAAUCGGAAGGGACUGCUUAUCAAGAGGAGAAACCUAUUUUGCACAAUGGCUUGCGAACAACAGAGCAUGAAGAAACAAAAACUAAUUUUGUGGCAGAAAACAAGUCAGCAAUGUCAUCUUCCAAUCUGAAGAUGCAAAAGUUAUACAGGAAGUAUUUGAGAGCUGAGAGCUUUAGGAAAGCUCUGGUUUAUCAGAAAAAAUACCUUCUGCUGCUUCUGGGUGGAUUCCAAGAAUGCGAGCAAGCAACCCUGUCCCUCAUAGCGCGCAUGGGCAUCUACCCUUCUCCUGAUCUGAACGUCUCUGAAUUACGGAGUCGUUCAUUUACGAAGUUCAGGUCUGCCAUUAGAGUGGUGAUUGCAAUAUCAAGGUUAAAGUUUCUGGUGAAAAAAUGGCACAAAGUUGGCAGGAAAGAGAUGCCGUCGGAAUCUGUUUCUCCUAGCACUAGACACAAUUCAUGUGAGAACUCCAGAAGAAUCCUGUUGAUUGAUUACAAGUUAUUAUUAGUACCAGGGCUAGAAUCGAGGUGCUAAAGCAGCAUGAGGUGUUCCCAGAUGAUGGAACUCAGGAAGGGAGACACAGCAGCAGAAGCAAUCUCUUGAGUCUUGGGAACUGCUCACCUAAACCACCAC